AUGACUCCUGUCCGUAAGAGCCUGAAGGUGACGUGGAACCACACCACCAUCCAGAGAGCUGCUGGGAUGGACACGUCUCACAGGAAAGCCUUGGUGCUGGUGCUGAUGCUGCUGCUGUCUCAGCUGGACUGUGAUGCUCAGAGUGUGUCUGAAUGCUGCAGGCAGCCGCCUCGCUCCUGUCGCCUCUACGCCUUACUGUGUCGUUCUGGCAGCAUGAGCAAGGGCGGAACCGUCGUAGAAGACGCAGCUGCUGGGAUCCUCACUCUGGGCAAACGGGACGAGGAUGAAUAUCGCCUGCAAAGCCGGCUGCACCAGCUGCUCCAUGGCUCCAGGAACCAGGCAGCGGGGAUCCUGACCAUGGGGAAAAGGAUCGCGGAGGCAGCCGGGGAGCAGCGAACGGACUGA